AAAAUAGGAAAAAACCACACAAACAAAAUAACAACAAGUAAAUAAACACGAUUUUUGCCAGUUUAUUGACCAAGUUGUGAAAAGAACAAGAAUAACUUACGGUAUUAUUGCAGUUGCCUCUACUGUUGUCAAUUUUAAGGAGUGAGAAAGGGAGCAGCAAUUAUUUUCCUUCGAUCCCGACCUGACGACACUAAAUUAUUUAUUACACAACAAAUAAAUCAAAUAAAAGAAAUAUCGACAAAAGUGCAACAAAUAUAAACUAUAAAUAGAAAGUAAACAAUCCGCCAAAGAGGAAAGAGACGCCAACGUCAACGCCAUUGACCUACUAAUACUAGAUAAGAAGGUCAACUUGACGCUUCCUGCAGUCUCGUGCCGGCAUGGCUAACCGACAGAUGGCCGCCCAGGGCAAUAGCAAUGCCAAUGCCCCAGAGAAUCAUCUGCGCCUCUCUUGGCACGACACCCAAAUGAUGGCCACAUUGAGUCCACAGACCGUUAUGGAUUACUUUUGUCGUAAAUCUAAUCCCUUCUACGAUCAUGUCUGUAACAAUGAAACAAUACGGAUGCAGCGUCUCGGCCCGGAGCAUUUGCACAACAUGAUUGGAACAGAGUAUAUACUUCUGCACGUGGCGGAGCCUAUUUUAUAUGUGAUACGCAAACAGCAUCGGCACAACCCCUCUGAAGCCACACCCAUAGCGGAUUACUAUAUAAUCGGUGGAACUGUUUAUAAGGCACCCGAUUUGGCCAACGUUAUUAAUGCCAGAAUACUCAACACUGUGGUUAAUCUGCAAUCGUCUUUCGAGGAGGCCAGCAGCUAUGCCCGAUACCAUCCAAAUAAGGGAUACACCUGGGACUUUUCUUCCAAUAAAGUUUUAUCGGACAAAGCCAAGGCCGACAAGAAAGACUCGAAUGCCGUCAAAGAUGAGAAUAGUGGCACUCUCUUCCAAAAGCAACGCGUAGAUAUGCUGCUAGCCGAGCUCCUACGCAAAUUUCCACCGCCAAUACCACCAAUGCUGCAAAAUGUUCCGCAGCAUAUGCCAGGCGUAGAUGGUUUAAGCCCGCGUGAAAAUCCCACAGAUGCAACCGGUCCACUGGACAUUAAAACGGAGGGCGUUGACAUGAAACCACCUCCCGAGAAGAAGUCGAAAUGAUUGCUAAUAUAUAUAUUUUGAACUGAAGUAAAUUAAAUAUGAACUCAACUUAGGUUAAACGA